AUGGGUGACGAGCCGAGUGAAACAGAUGCCGACACUGCUUUACAGAGCAGUGCACCAUUCGAGCAGCAAUGCGACAAGUACUCCUCCGAGAAAAAAACUGUGAGGAAUGGAAAAAAGGAAACACCUGGGUGGGAAAAGUACGUGAUAACAAAUAUAAAGCGCACUGCAUGGUGUGCUGGCGCAGUUUUUCAGUCGGCCAUGGUGGACUGA